AAUACUAAAAACUCCAAUUAUUAGCGACAUUUGAACUUUCCAUCGUGCCGGCCAAGGUUUACGAGGCCAUUCACUCCUUGAGGGAAUAAGGUGGACUUGAGGCGAACAAUUUCCAGGACGGGACGCGAUCACGGUGGAGGAGGAAGAGGAGGAGAGGGAGGGAGAGCUGGGGAAGGUGGGGGGGGGGAGGAGGAGGCACUGAGGGAGAGGUAGGGGCCGGUCAGCCAGGCUCUCCCUCGUCAGUUGCUCUCCAGUCAUCGUCGUGUGAGGUGUCGCGUCGCCCUCUCGUCUCCCGCCGCAACUCUGCCUAACUUUUGAUCUCGCGUGAAGGACACCGCCGAAGUCACGCGCCGCACCAGGAACAGAGAACUUUUGACUCCCGCGACUGUGUGCACUAACUAGCGGCCAAUGAACUGAAAGAUUAGCGAAAGACACGACCAGAAGAAGCGAACUUACUCCUGAACCAGAAAAAAAAUAUAAUAUAAGAAGAAACUGAAUGUAUGAAGGCCGAGAAAAGCUUUAUGAGGCUUAAUGAUGAUCCUGAGUACCCGAUGAGGAAGGGUCGGGGCGCGAGGGGACUUUGAGAGCGACGAAAAAAAGGGAGAAAAGGAAAGGAAGGCAAGGGGAAGGACGCGACGGCCAGUCCAGGAAGUUUCCGAGACGUUGAAGACCCUUUGAUGGCGAUGGUGGGCGUGUGGGCGAGGGUGGCGUGGUGCGGCGCCCUCGCCCUCGCCCUCGCCUCCCCGGGAGAGAGCAGCGAGAGUGGGUCAUCCGAAGGCCCGACACCCUACACGAGGCUCCUGCAGCGAAGCCUUCUGCUGGGAGACUUAGCGAGGCGGAAGCCGAGGGGGAGCGGCACAGGCUUAGGGACAGGGAUCACAAUUACCAGCGGGAGCAGCAGCAGCCCCGUGGAGCCUAUCAGACCCUUGUUAGACCUGUCCUCACAUACUACGGGCGAGCCGCAGGUCAGCCCGCCUGUGCCCAUCUUCGACGACGCUGCCCCGCGGAACGUGUCGGAGCUCACGGGGAACGCUGCCUACCUACACUGCCUCGUGCACAACCUGGGGAACAGAAGCGUGUCGUGGAUGCGUCAGCGGGACCUGCGGAUCAUGACGGUGGGCCGCUACACCUACACGACUGACCAGCGCUUUGAGGUAAUCCACUCCCCGGGCUCCAAGGACUGGAUACUCAAGAUCAAGUACGCCCAAGUCAGGGAUUCCGGGAACUACGAGUGCCAGGUGUCCACGAAGCCCGUCAUGUCCUACGUGGUGCGUCUCAGCGUCUUUGCUGCACCCCAGGCGGACAUCAUCGGCUCCCCGGACAUGCACGUGGACAUGGGCUCGACGAUCAACCUCACCUGCGUUAUCAGUCACACACCUGAGCCGCCAGACUACAUCAAGUGGACCCACAACGGCCAGCCUCUCCAGUACGACUCUCCACGCGGCGGGAUCACGGUCGUGACGGAGCGGGGCAACACGACGAGCGGUUACCUGCUGAUCCAGGAUGCCCGCGCCUCGGACACCGGGAACUACACGUGUGCCCCCUCCAACACCGCCGCCUCCACGCUCAGAGUACACGUCCUUCAUGGGGAGACGCCGGCGGCGAUGCAACACAACGGGUCGCCGUCUCCAGCCGGGCGCCUCCACGCCCUGCUGCCGCUGCUGCUGCUGCUGCUGCCGCUGCUGACGCGGGACAGCCUGGCCCGCGGGACGCUGAGGGGCGGGGACACCUGAGCUUCGCGGACGUGCUGGCGGACUGCUGGAGUCCUCCUGUCAAGUGCCUUGUGCGUGUGUCUGUCCAUGUGUCGCCCCGCCCCGCCCCGCCCCGCGCCGCCCCAACGAGGUCAACAACCGUCGCCGCAGACACCAUCCCCCCUGCCUCCCCACCAGCCAGGGAAAAGCCGAAGGAAAUAUUUUUUAGGCAACCUUUUAUUCAACAAAGAGUUAAAUGAAAAAGUUAGAUACAGUAAAAUUUUAAAAGGAAAAAAUACAAUAUAAUUACAUUAAUAGAGGCAGGUGCCGCUCCAAAGGCUGAAGUUCGCUCGAACAACAACACUCAACCCAGGCCGCGUGUGUUGCCUCUCUGGCCGCGCGGCCUUCACAACGCCCUGGGUACGAGACUCUGACGAACCUUCCGUCUCUCAACGAUGCCACUAAGGGCCAACGCAGGUCUUACAUCCAAAGGGCUACUGGGGGAGUUGAGACGGCUAGUGUGAUUUCUAGUCGCGAUUACACUCCCUUACAGGCGUUCAAGUACCAAUGAGAGGAGUUUAAUUGAGUAUCUUGCUCAGGGUCGCUUCGAGAGUGCGCAAUACUAAGCCGAUUGAAGGGCUACUUAAUCCUUCAAGGUAAAGCGGCAAAUAAAUUGCCCGCUAAACCACUUAACGCUCCUUGUGGCCCGCGACAGGACGGUACUUGGCGGCGGCGGCGGCAAGCUGAGUGUUUCUGGCCCGCGUCUGAAGAAAGAGCGGCCACCAUCUCUUUUCUAUCUCAUAAGGUGCUCGAGUGAAUACCAGAGGAAGUGUGUGACGCCGGUGUGUCCCUGGGAGAGUGAUGAACAGACUCUCACUUCCACACCUCCACUAAUCACCAGGGCAAGCCCAUCCUCUACCUCCUCCUCCUCCAUCCCCUCCCACUACCUUUCCGAUCGUCCUCAUCCUCCUCUUCUCUAAGCCAUACGGGAGUACAUAAUCCCUGGUCCCUCACGACCACUGCCUCCUCUUCUCCCUCCAUCCUUUACUCCUCUCACUCCUCCCACACACACGCUCCAUUUCCGCGGGUAACUCACGUGUAACCUUCCCCUUAAGGCGCUUGUUAUUCAUUCCCGGUGCUGGCUGGGUCCUCCCCUUCACCCGCCAAACAAUGGUCGUCUGAUGUGACUUUAAACGAUGUCAUUCUCCCUUACCUGGAAAAACGACGAUUACGACCCCCACCGCCCUAAUGACGCACUCACUACGGCGGGACACUGACCGACCUGCUCCACCUUCACCCAACCUCCUCCUGCCCCCGCCUCGACAAGGGUCACUGAGGAAGCUCUUCAAGGGGCCAUUACACUAUUACCGCCCUUGCUGCUCCUUCCCUCACCUCCUACCCUCCCUCCCACUCUACCCUUCCUUCCUUCCUUCCUUCCUUCUUUCUUUCCUUCCCUCUUGUUCCCCCUUCCUCUCCUCUAUCCUACUUGUACAAAAAUGUAUAUAUUUGAAUUCAUGGACGAAAAUAUGAAUUCGAAAAACAAUUGAAUACCAAGAAAAAUCGGAGAAACAACCGUAGAAGUGAUGAGAGCUGUGUUGCGUGGUGUUGUGUGACCCGGGUCCCUGGAAAGUGAUUCAAGGAGAAGAAAGGUGUUGCGAGUGAGGGGAGAGUAUGGGAAGCCCUGCGGGAGGUGUGAUGAGGGUGUAAGGGUAUGAAUUAGUGAGGUGAGUCUUCUCGGGCAGUUCGUGUCCCAAUCGGGCUCAAACCAAGACCGCCAUGUCCACGAGAACCCUUUCAGUACAUCGGUGAAUCCAAAAAGAGAUGAAUCAGACAAAGAAAAAUCAAAGAGUCGUGGAAGAAGUGUAUCAAAAUUAUAAAAAAACAUCCAAGACUGCAUGAAAAAACAAAUUAUUAUAGAAAAUAAAUCCAGCACCAAAUUUGAUAAUAAAAGAACAAUCUCUUGCCAAUGAAUCCAGUUAAAAGUGUUUAUUAGAUUGCGAGAAAAAUCAAAGCGUCGUAGAAAAAGCAAAUCAAAAUUACUGAAAAAAAAAUUAAACAACCUUGACAAAGCGAGUGUGAAAGAAAACAAAACAAAGAAAAAAAAGCCCCGGACUCAAUCUAAUAAUGAAGGGGAGGAUAAUCAACUUCGAACAAUACGGGAAAGUUUUGAGAUGCAAUUAACGACGAUUGGGAAGACAGGAGAGGCAGAGAGAGCCGCUCCUCACACCCCCCGGCGCCCACGUCACGACUUCCUCCCACAUGAGAAUUAUUAACGACAUUGUUCUCUAUAAAUAUCUUAGAAUUUAAUAUCAUACUGCCCAUCCCCCCCUACCCUCUCUCUCUCUCUCUCUCUCUCUCUCUCUCUCUCUC